AUGGAGUGGAUCCUCACUCGACUACCCUCCUGGGUCAGAAUACCGUCUCCUCCAACAGUUCGACAUGUCAUAUAUGGACUUUUCCUAGGAUUUUCUCUUUCCUUGACAUCCACUUCCAUCGCCUUGUUUUUUCAAAGACGAAAACAAGAGCGUAUUGCUGCUCAGUUUGAAGCGCGACCUAUCGAGUUAAGAAGCGAUGAGGUGCUCAAGGGUGUCACAGGGUUAAUUGGGAAUACGCCGUUGGUUAGAAUCAAUUCCCUGAGCAACGCGUUGGGGGUAGAGAUAUUGGGAAAAGCUGAAUUCCUCAACCCUGGUGGAAGCGUCAAGGAUCGCGUCGCGCUGAGAAUGAUUGACGAUGCGGAGCGGCAAGGUCUAAUACAUCCCCAUACUGGCUCGAGGAUAUUCGAAGGAACAGUCGGAUCUACUGGAAUAUCUAUCGCUACCAUUGCUCGUGCUAGAGGUUAUGAUGCCACCAUAAUAAUGCCUGACGAUGUCGCCGAAGAAAAAGUAAAAGCUCUCCUUUCCCUUGGCGCAGACGUGCAAAGGGUGCGUCCCGCAAGCAUCGUCGACAAAAAGCAGUAUGUGAACAUCGCUCGUCAACGGGCUCUGGAAUUCGGAAAGGAAGAGCCUUCCUCUCGUCCGCAUCUGGUGUCUUCGUCUUCUUCUACUGUCGUAGUGACAACCGAGUCGGAGGAUGAUAACGACACCGACCCGCUCAAACACGAACAAAUUGCUCUGAAGCCGCGAGGUUAUUUUGCCGAUCAGUUUGAGAACCUAAGCAAUUUCAACGCGCACUUUGAAGGCACCGGCCCAGAAAUAUGGCGACAAACUAAUGGUCGUCUGGAUGCGUUUGUGAGUGGCGCAGGAACGGGAGGUACCAUUGCCGGUAUAGGUCGAUACGUCAAGUCCAAGAACGAAGAUAUACUCGUGGCUCUGACGGAUCCAGAAGGCAGUGGCCUAUAUAAUAAGGUCAAGCACGACGUCAUGUUUGACUGGAGGGAAAGCGAAGGAACAAAAAGACGCCAUCAAGUAGACACCGUCGUCGAAGGAAUCGGUAUCAACCGGUUGACGAAAAACAUCGAAUUGGCACUGCCUAUCAUUGACGACGCUUUUCGGAUAACGGACGCUGAAGCCGUCAGCAUGUCUCGGUAUCUCGUCCAAAACGAUGGUCUCUUCCUCGGUUCCAGUAGUGCAUGUAAUCUUGUUGCCUGUAUCAAGCUCGCAAAGAAGAUGGGAUGGAAAGACGGCCAGACAAUUGUCACGAUCCUGUGCGUUUGCCCUUUGGAUGCUUCAAGUCUUGAAAUUGAAACGCCAUUAGAUGUGAUUCUGGUAAUCGCCAUUACUCGAAGGAAUGAUGGAUAUCUCGCCAAGGCCGGUAUACCGGUUGAUCUGAGCAUCGUAGAGGACCUGCUUCUGCAGCCAACUGCAUAG